AAACUGUGUAAAGCCCAUAAUUCAUUAUCACAUCGAACACGGUUGCCGCAGCGGCCCAGCUCACCUGAGAAGACAGUACGCACACGCCGCAUCGUCUGCAUCUCCGGUGGCCAUCCAUCCUCCUCCCUUCUCUCGUCGUUCCCUCCACUCCUAGGCGGAAGCGGCCGGCGCAGAGUGGAGAUCGACCCGGACUUUGAAAUUGCCUCUUCCUUUUGAUGGGUACCAUGAAGAGGUUGGUUUCGACCGCCCUCGCCGCGAGAGGGCUCCUGAGAUCUCACGGACUGCCGACCACAACUUCUCGUGGAUUUGCACUGCUGAAGCAUGGACGGGUCCAACGUGGAUACGCGCGCUACCACCUAGCGUGCUGGUGGCACGGAUGGAGGCCAAAUACAUGUGCUGAAUGACACGAUCAGAAAGAAGGUUAUGUACCAACCAGCAUUCCAGCAAUUUAUGAACUAUUCAUCACCACAUGGUGGUGAUCCCAAUGCAAACACGAACUCAACUACAACACGAAUAGCUGCUGAUCCUGAUACACAUCAAGAUUUCGAGCCAAAGAGCAGAAUUUCAGACAUGACUUUGCAUGACGCUAUUGCUCAGGAUAUCAAGGAGAACCCAGUCUUGAUCUACAUGAAGGGUUUUCCUGAGUCUCCAAUGUGUGGCUUCAGUGCACUGGCUGUUAAGGUCUUCCAGCAAUAUGGCGUCCCUGUCUGUGGUAGAGACAUUCUUGGGGAUCUUAAGCUCAAAGAGUGUGUUAAAGCCCACACUAACUGGCCUACAUUUCCACAAAUAUUUAUCAAAGGAGAGUUUGUUGGGGGGUCUGACAUCAUAUUAAGCUUGCACCAGAAGGGUGAGCUUAAGGAUCUUCUUGGGGAUAUUGCACAAAGAGACGAACAAAAAGUGCAUGCUCACGAUUCAUGAAGCAAUCAACAGUAGGUUCUUUUACUAUGCGCUAUCUACUCUGCCACUAAAAUGUUCUAUCUCGGAGUCUUUAGGCGACAGCGUACGUGACAUUGUGAACUGUCCCUACGCAUUGGACAUGGAUGACCGGAUGUGUUCCCAGAAUCAGGUUGUAGGCAUCUGGUAUUCUGGAAGAGGCAAAAUAAUGAUCUGAUACCCAUAUGCCGGGUUCUCUGUCAAUGAAUAAGCGACACUUUUAGCAAUAGCAAUGCUGUUCUUUGGUGCCUUGUAGUACUAUGGAACUUAAAUUCCAGGAUUCGUAGGUUAUGACGUUAUGUUGCAUUCCUUUUUUUUAAUUUAAUCGAACUGAACUUAUGAUAA